AUGACCGAGAUCGACAACUCCAUCAUGGAGGACUCCUUCGCCGUGUCCGAGGCCGCAGACGACAACCCCGGCACGGCCAGCGCAACGGUCGGUACGAGACGCCAGGCGAACGGCACGAUUGGGUCAGUCUACUCGGGCAAUAAGAUUCGACAUCUCAAAAAGGAGGAUGGCAUCCCUCUCUGGCGCAAAGAUAUCCAAUACCAGUUCCUCAAACUCGUCUUCGAGGACAAGACCCCGGUUUUCACGCGAUACCCCGAUGGACAAAAGAACAUGGACUUCGCCGACGUCUAUAUCGACGCAAUGGCCCGGAGCAGCAAAACCAGCAAGAUCCUGAAGGAUAAAUUGCAGAAUGAUAAGCCCGCCGCUAUCAGUAUGGCCAUGGUCUGUCUAUUGGUGAACUUCGGUCGCAUGAACACGACUCUGAACUUCUUCCCUGAAAUGCGUGCCCAACUUCGAACCUACCACUCAAUCCCCUCGCUCCAGGCGCACCAGGACUCCAAUGCCUACAAACAACUACAAGAUGCCCCUCGCCUGAAAUCCAUCCUCAAGGGCGCAUCAGAGGACGUCGAUCAGCCAAAUACCUUGGAAAAGAUCAAGCGGCAGGCCGUACCACGGACAAACCCGGUGAACCUCAUCUUUGUGCUGGCGCAGUAUGCGCCCAAGGUCUCGGAAAUGCAUUUCUUCCCUCCGCGGGACUUCUUCGAUCUGGUCAUGAGGUCUACACUGAGCAGCCAAAGUCGUGCUCGAGCGUUUCUUUGGCUCAUGUGGUGGUAUCUGGAGAGUGAUUUCAGCCGCGAGGCGGCUCUCAGUAACCCGUUCGGCCCCGGUCUGGAAGGCGACGGUGCCGAGGGCUUGCCUCUGAAAGUACCUGCUUUUGAGAGCUUGACAGAAGAACAGGCCAACGAAGAGAAUGUGGAUACACAAGAGGAACUCGAAUAUGGAGAGUCCAAGAGACUGGAGCGCAAGCGAAUCCUGGACGAGGAGGAACCCAUGCCCCGUAUUCCUAAACGCUUCAAGAAAGAUUAUCCCUUCGAAGAAGACUCAUUUACUGGAGAUUACUCAGGCUUGGGAGGCCGCGGCUCUGCCAUGUCUACCCCCCUCCAUCCUUCCGCGAAACUAAGCCUAGAUGAUGACGAUGAUGACGGUCAAUCAUCACGGCCACGUAAUAAGCAGGCCAAGCGCGAGUCCUCGCUCAAUCGAGCCAUGGGUCAACAGCGACUCAUUCUGAAGACACGGAUGGACCAUACCCCAGACGCUUCUCCCGGUCCUCCAGGAUCUAAUCAUCCAUUGAUGAACCGUUUCAUUCCCGAGCCUUCGCUCUCUCAAGCACCCAGCCGUCGACCGCGGCCACUGACGCAGCACCAGAUUGCUGUUGAACAAAAUCGCCGGCAGCGAAUCGAUUACCUGCUGUCCAAGCGGAAAUCCAACGCAUUUCGUGUGCUGCGCGCCAAGCGGGAAAGCGAGAUUCCUUUUGGCCGUUACGGGCGCCUGCUUCAAAGCCUGCCCGAGGGAUAUGAUACCGAGGAUGAGGAGAAUUCGUGGGGCAAGGGUGGCCUCUUCCCCAACCCGGAUGAAGAUGAUGAUUUUGGCGAGUGCGCCAGUUUCUUCCUCUCCGUGGUGCGCAAAGCGACUCGGCGACUCGACCGUUGGGACUAUGAGGAUUCCAAUGGGCCUAAGAAGGAUCGCAAGAAGGAUCGUGAAGACCGACAGAGGGCUCGAACUCUUCUCGAAGCGGAUAUCCGGGCCCCCGGCAGCCGGUCUCGCCCACGCCCCUCUCGUCCUAGCGCCGCGAAGCGCAAGUUUACCGGCCCUACCGCUACUCCGGAUGCUUCAAAAAAACCCGCGGGGUCCUCUCGGUCCAAGGGCAACCGCAGCCGUCCCUCCGGCAUCGGCGGCGGAACAUCAGCCAUGGACACCCCAUCUUGGUACUCGGGGCCGGCGGCAGCAGACGAGGACAUGGAGGGCGAGCUGGACGACCUCGACCGCGAGCUGCUGGGCGAGGGCUCCGAUGACGACGGCCACGCGCCACGUCGCGCUGAGCCAGGCCUGGAAGAAAGCUACAUGGGGCACGAAGGAGAGUUCUCGGACGACCAGGAAGAGGACGACGAUGAUGUGGACGAUGAGCAUUCAUCCACCUACGACGGACCCAAUGGCUAUGCCCGACAUGGGAGCUCGUCGCCUGCUCCCGAGGGCCACCCCGCUGAUCGACGUCGGGAAGACGACGGUGACGAGAUGAUGGAAGGUUGA